GCCGCCGCCCAGGUGAUCUCGAAUUCGGGGCACGAAGACAUGAUUCAUGAUGCUGGACUGGACUACUAUGGUCGCAGAUUGGCGACUUGUUCCUCGGACAAAACAAUAAAGAUCUUUGAAAUUGAGGGGGAAUCGCACCGCCUGGUCGAGACCCUCAAGGGCCACGAGGGCGCAGUGUGGUGUGUCGCAUGGGCUCACCCAAAAUUCGGUACUAUCCUGGCCUCUUCAUCCUAUGACGGCAAGGUCUUGAUCUGGCGAGAGCAGCCCCAGAAUGCAUCCUCCCCCGUUAGCGGCAGCACAUGGACCAAGGUCUUUGAUUUCUCCCUCCACACCGCUUCUGUGAACGUGGUUUCCUGGGCUCCCCACGAGAGCGGUUGUCUCCUGGCCUGUGCCUCUUCAGAUGGACAUGUGAGCGUUCUCGAAUUCCGCGACAACAACUGGACCCACCAGACUUUCCAUGCCCAUGGAAUGGGUGUGAACUCGAUCAGCUGGGCCCCUGCAGCUUUCGCCGCCAGCUUGAUCAGCUCCAACCCCGGACCCGGUCAACAGAGACGAUUUGUGACGGCAGGAAGUGAUAAUUUGGUCAAGAUCUGGGACUACAGCUCCGAGUCCAAAUCAUACAACCUUACCCAAACUUUGGAGGGUCACUCCGACUGGGUCCGCGAUGUGGCCUGGUCACCUAGCAUUCUGUCCAAGUCCUAUAUCGCUUCCGCUUCGCAAGAUAAGACCGUUCGCAUCUGGACCUCUGACGCGUCCAACCCUGGCCAGUGGUCCAGCCAAACACUCGAAUUCGAUUCUGUGUUGUGGCGCGUUAGCUGGAGUCUCAGCGGUAACAUUCUCGCUGUUAGCGGUGGUGAUAACAAGGUGAGCUUGUGGAAGGAAAACCUUAAGGGCCAGUGGGAGAAGGUCAAGGACAUUGAGGAGUAG